AUGGUGAGGCCUCAAGGAGGAGAGAGACGUGACAGAAUUAGUACCGGCCGGUUCAAGGGUGUGAGGAUGANAAUGGUGAGGCCGCAAGGAGGAGAGAGACGUGACAGAAUUAGUCCCGGCCGGUUCAAGUGUGUGAGGAUGAGGAAGUGGGGGAAAUGGGUGGCGGAGGUUCGCCAACCCAACAGCCGUGACAGGAUUUGGUUAGGGUCAUACGAAACGGCGGAGGAGGCGGCGAGAGCUUAUGAUGCCGCUGUGUUUUGUUUGCGCGGUCCUACAGCGGUGAUAAAUUUUCCCGAUGACCCGCCGGAUAUUCUGUCGGCUGGUGAACUGUCUCCUCCUCAGAUACAGGUUGCUGCCUCGAGACACGCAAGGAGAGUUUUGCCUGAGUCGACUGAGUUGGGAAGCAGUGCGGUGGAGUUGGAGUUGAAACAGCCGGAGACUAGAACUGGGUUUUUUGGAGAGUGUGUAGAUAUAGGUUCUUCUUGUGAUUAUUCCAGUGCUGAUUGUUACUUGACAGCGGGGGAGAGAGGCGGAGGAGAAGGAGGCAGCGGUGUUAGUAUUGAGGGAGCAUAUUUUGGGACACAAAGUAUGUGGAGUUUUUAA